CAGGAAGCCAGUGAAACAGAAGUGAGUGGAGCACAGACUGCAGGACAGUUAUACCGAGCUCCAGCUGCCGGGCUAGGAACAUGAGCUGAUGUAGUCGGUGAGGACUGGACCCCACUGAUUAGGAAGAGUUCACAAUGCAAGCUGGGAUUUUCAAGGUGUGCCUAGUGAUGGUCACAGCCAUUGUCAACCACCCACUUCUCUUCCCAAAUGAGAACACAAGCCUUCCUGACUCUGAUGAGUUCAUUCUCCAGAAAAUGAAGGAGUACGAGGAAAAUCUCAAAAUAAACCAGCUAAAGCUGGAGCAACACAUGUCCCAGACUGAGAGCAAGGAACAGGAAGAAAAGCAAAAAGAAAAUAAAGAAUCUGAAGUUGAUGAUCCACCAUGGGACUUCUGGAGUGCUAUGUCUAUGGUAAUAUUUUUGAUGAUUGAAAUAUGGAGACAAGAUUUCCAGGAUGGGAAUCCUCAAGAGCUGAGCAAGGAGGAGGAUGACCUGCAAUUCAUGGGGAACAGCUGUCAAGGUGUGUCCCUUCCAAACCAGACUGUGCUGGCUAUUUUUUCAGACCAGUACAUACGAGUGGCUACACAUGAUGCCACCAGGACUCGAGAGUUUGUUGAAGGCUUUGCAGAUGAUUUAUUAGAAGCUUUACGAAGUCUUUGUAAUCGGGAUGCCGAUAUGGAGGUUGAAGAAAGCGUGUGUGUAGGAAGCAUGUAUGAAAACUGGAGAGUGAAUAAACCUUUAACUUGUGAUCUUAUUGUCCCAUUUGCUCCACCAGAACCAUUUCAAUUUAAGUGUCAUCUUUGGGUUACCGACCAUCUUAUUCCACCUGGAUAUGGAAAAAUCAGAGUAGUAGGACCAGAUGAUGAGUCAGUAGGUUGUGUCUGUGACAAGACAAAACUUGGAGAGGAUAUGCUAUGCCUCCUUCAUAAUCCAGCAAAUAAAAAAGAAGUAAGCAGUGAUAUCAAUUUACUAUGCUCCAAAAACACAAAUUACCUGGAUGUAGAUCAGGUCAUGAAAUGGUUUCAAACAUCUGUUACCAAGGCAUGGAGUAAGAUAUCUCAUAAGUAUGAAUUUGACCUUUCAUUCAGCCAUUUAGACUCUCCUGGUGCCCUCAGAGUGAAAUUCAAAUCUGGGAAAGUUAUCAACUUUAACAUCUCUCCAGUGGUUCAGUUUGAGGACUUGGAUCUGUAUUUCAUAUCACAUUUUCCCACCUGUGUUGUGCCACACGUCUCUCCCUCAAACAACCACUGGAUUCUUUCCUUUGCUGUGUAUGAGAGGAGGUUUCUUAAGGAAGUUGCCAAAAAUCUCCCAGACAGUUCAUGUCAUCUCAGUUGCCUACAAAUAAUGACAUUUUUACAUUCCAAACAGUGUCAGAUAACCGGCCAGAGCGGCCUUACCAGUUACCAUCUAAAAACAGUGCUGCUCCAUCUUCUGCUGGCUCGAACCUUCUCAGAUUGGGACCACCUAAUGCUAGAGGAACGCCUGCAAGACAUGUUCAAGAGCUUGGAGAAAUGCUUGAUGGAAAAGAAGCUUGACCACUUCAUGAUUGGAAACCCCAGACUUCCUCAUUCUGUUAGCAUUCCAGAAAAUAUCCGUUUUGCAGAACCACUCAAUCUCUUCCGUUCAUUUGUUCUGAACAGAGACCUUUACCAGAAAACAUUAUCCAUGUUUUAUGAGAUGCUGAAAAAUGCUACUGUUUUGAUAAAUGAGUACAGUUUGAACAUUCGCGCAGCACAUGCCCAGAAGAAUCACAUUAACCACAGCAAUAUGUGAUUUUGGUUAUUAUUUCCGGAAUGUACUUACAGCUUAUCAUAUUUGCAUUCAGUGAAUGCUAUAAAAAAGGCUAUUGGCUGCAUAAGAACAAACAUCCAUUUGGGACUUAAUUACUUAAAAUGUCUAAUUGUUAAACAUUGCAAUUUAUAUUCAUUAUUUAUUUUGUGGUGAAUCCCAGAGAUUGCCACCGUCAUACUUAAAUGGACAUUAAAUAGUGAAUAUAUCUAUCAUGCAUAUGAAAGUGCAUUAUUUAUACGUUAACAAAUAUUUUGCAUAUAAAAUGUUAAGAUAAAGCUGUUUAUUUGUAAGCCACUAGAAAGUGCAGGUUUGUGCAAUACUGGUCCAUGGGCUGAUUAUCUAGAGAAACAUCUAUUUUGUAAAAGACAAAAACUGUAAUACAUUUUUCAUUGUCUAGUUUUAGAUGCAUCAAAGAAAAAAUUGUUUAAUGUCCCUUUAAGUAUGGUGACAUUUUACCGUGCAAGCUCAUUUAUAUCAGUCACUGACUGACCACAGAGAUUAGAAUCAUGGAUGUCCCUAGGUUUAACAAGUGGUGCAUCCCUGAACUGCUCUUAAUUUGCAAAACCUUGUCAGUUGUGCAAACAUUAUAACAGUGUUAAAUACAUUUCAGAGCUUUUAUUGUGAGUGCAGGAGUUUUGUAAUGCUGUGUUGAUUUGCUGACACUGUGCAUAUAUAAACAUAUUAACUUUAAGGUCCCUUUAACCCCUUAAUGACAUGGACAUACCCUGUAGGUUGUGUGUCCUUUCGUUGUUUUUCAGCCCUAUAAUAGUGCAGGGCUUGCUUAGUUACUACAUGUCUAACUGAUCUACUCUGUCGUUAGAGGGUUAAGUGGUUUUCUUAGCCGUAGUCUGAAUAACAAGUUUGGAGCCCCCAGGAACAUAUAUAUUGUCACUUACCAUACUAGGGCAGUUACUUACUUUAUGAACACUGUAGCAGCUUACUGAUUGUAAAUGUAGCCACUAGAAAUAUUACACUAUGCCAUGAGCCCAAAGCAAUCUGCAAAAUCAUCAUGUCCCUAAUGCUGUCAUGUCCCUAAUGCUGUCAUGUCCCUAAUGCCGUCAUGUCCCUAACGCUGUCAUGUCCCUAAGGCCGUCAUGUCCCUAAUGCCGUCAUGUCCCUAAUGCCGUCAUGUCCCUAAGGCCGUCAUGUCCCUAAUGCCGUCAUGUCCCUAAUGCUUUCGUGUUCCUAAUGAUGUCAUGUCCCUAAUGCUUUUGUGUUCCUAAUGAUGUCAUGUCCCUAAUGAUGUCAUGUCCCUAAUGCUGCCAUGUCCCUAAUGCUGUCAUGUCCCUAAUGCUGUCAUGUCCCUAAUGCUGUCAUGCUCUUAAUGCUGUCAUGUCCCUAAUGCUGUCAUAUCCCUAAUGCUGUAAUGUCUCUAAUGCUGUCAUGUUCCUAAUGCUGUCAUGCUCUUAAUGCUGUCAUGUCCCUAAUGCUGUCAUGUCCCUAAUGCUGUCAUGCUCUUAAUGCUGUCAUGUCCCUAAUGCUGUCAUGUCCCUAAUGCUGUCAUGUCCCUAAUGCUGUCAUGUCCUUAAUGCUGUCGUGUCCCUAAUGCUGUCAUGUCCCUAAUGCUGCCAUGUCCCUAAUGCUGCCAUGUCCCUAAUGCUGCCAUGUCCCUAAUGCUGCCAUGUCCCUAAUGCUGUCAUGUCCCUAAUGCUGCCAUGUCCCUAAUGCUGUCAUGUCCCUAAUGCUGCCAUGUCCCUAAUGCUGUCAUGUCCCUAAUGCUGUCAUGUCCCUAAUGCUGCCAUGCCCCUAAUGCUGUCAUGUCCCUAAUGCUGUCGUGUCCCUAAUGCUGUCGUGUCCCUAAUGCUGUCCUGCCCCUAAGGGGCAGCCGAUAAUGCAACAAAACACAAUACAAAAAAUGCUGUUUAGCAAAUAUAAUGUUUCUAGUCACUUAAAGGAGCAUUAACUACAGUGGAAUUGCAUAAUGAAUAAGCAAUAGAAUGUUAAAUGAGCAAUAGAUUUGUUCUAGUAUUUCAAAAUUGCCUUUAAAAAGCCGGCCUCCUGUAUCAUGUGACAGCCAUUAGCCAAUCACAGACUUAUAUACGUAUACACUGUGAAUUCUUGUACAUGCUCAGUAGGAGCUGGUGCCUCAUACAGUGUGCAUAUUAAACACUAAAUGCAUUCUAUAAGUGUUGUGUUGAGGUUAUUUCCCGCCUUCCCCUGAUCAUGGGGGCCACCAUGUUGAAAUCUGUCAUUUACUACACACCAGUGCUGACCUGUUUGCGCAUGUGCAGCAAAUCUCACUAAACACUGGUGCUGACCUGUUUGCGCAUGUGCAGUAAAUCUCACUACACACCAGUGCUGACCUGUUUGCACAUGCGCAGUGUAACUUAGGUUCCAUAAUACACCCAAGGUUAGUGGGAGGUGCAUGAAAUGUAUUUAAUGUUUUGGGUCCCUUUAGAAUUGAGUGCUUAUAAGAAUUAUUAAAGUUUAAUUCUAACUUUAGUGUUAAUUUAAUCAUAGAAAUAGGGGGACAAUGUCUUUAUAAUUUGUGCUAGUCAGAUACUAGUGGAAUUUCCCAGCUUUAUAUAUAAACUUUAUACACUCCCAGCACAGUCUGCAGCACUUCUGCUUGUGAAACUCCAUGACACAUGCAGGACAGGACGAAUGUGCCCCAUGUGUGCAAUUUACCUUUCUGCAAGACGAGUUUUUAUUACAGAACAGGGUGUGCCUAAUUCUACAGAUAAAGCAGAACAUGAUAAUCAGCACCAGAGUCCUGGCACAUUGGGAUAGAAUAUCCAGUGACAAUAUAUCAGCCAGUAAGCAGUAAAAUCCCACAUAAUCAAGAACUUCCUGUUGGUUUAACUUUAAGGGGAAAUAGAACCCCAAAUUUUUCUUUCAUAAUUCAGACAGAGCAUACAUUUGUAAACAAUUUCCCAAUUUACUUCUAUUAUCAAUGUUACUUCAUUUUCAAUGUAUCCUUUCUUGAAGGAUGCAUUACAGAGAGAUAGCUGAGCACAUUGUUAAGCCAAUGAUAAAAUAAAUAUAUGUGAGCCACCAAUCAGCAACUAGCUCUUAUCUCCUGAGCCUUCAUAGGUAUGCUUUUCAAUAAAGGAUACCAAGAGAAAAAAUAAAAUUAGAUAAAAGAAGUAAACUGAAAAGUUGUUUAUAGCUGUGUGCUCUAUCUUAAUCAUGAGAGAAAAGUUAUGGGUUUUAUGUCCCUAUUUAAACAGCUUUUACUCAACGUGUUUAUAAAAGAAUAUUUUUUUACUACUUACGUAGAAGUAAUUAAUACAUAAAUAGAAGUAAUUAAUACAUACAGAGAAGUAUAUAAUACAUACAGAGAAGUAUAUAAUACAUACAUAGAAGUAUAUAAUACAUACAUAUAAGUAUUUAAAUAACCUCAAACAGUUAUGAUGUAUAUAGCAUUGUAUAUAUGUGUGUGUGUUUUCAUUUUUAUUACUGAGCAGAUACUUUUUUUAUUUUACACAGCUUACAUUGCAACUGACUAUGUAAUAAAUAGACUGAUAAAAGUGUGUACAGAUGAAGUUGUAUGUUUGAAAACAGCUGUGUACAGAUACAAUGGUCUGUUAGAAAACAGCUGUGUACAGAUGAAGUUGUAUGUUUGAAAACAGCUGUGUACAGAUACAAUGGUCUGUUAGAAAACAGCUGUGUACAGAUGAAGUUGUAUGUUUGAAAACAGCUGUGUACAGAUACAAUGGUCUGUUAGAAAACAGCUGUGUACAGAUACAAUGGUCUGUUAGAAAACAGCUGUGUACAGAUGAAGUUGUAUGUUUGAAAACAGCUGUGUACAGAUACAAUGAUGUUAGAAAACAGCUGUGUACAGAUAAAAUGGUCUGUUAGAAAACAUCUGUGUACAGAUACAAUGGUCUGUUGGAAAACAUCUGUGUACAGAUACAAUGGUCUGUUGGAAAACAUCUGUGUACAGAUACAAUGGUCUGUUGGAAAACAGCUGUGUACAGAUACAAUGGUCUGUUAGAAAACAUCUGUGUACAGAUUAAGUGAUAUGUUAAAACAUCUGUGUAUAAAUUUGGUAAAUAUAAAAUACAGGAGAAAAUAUGUUUGAUAUAUAUUUUACAGUAUUCACAUUGCCCUUUAUAGCCAUUACUGUGCUCUGUGGCCCCAUCAUGUAGUUUUAGGGCCAGUGUGCUGCCCUUACCAUAAUUUCACAUCCAGUUUGUACCCCUCAAUAUCUGUAUUCUCUAUAUUUUAUGUAAACGCGUACAGACCCCUCUCCCCAUAAACUCAUUUUGCAGUUUAUUCUCUCACUUUGUUGUAGUCUGAUAUAUGUAUUCAAAGGGUUAAAGCUCUAGGACCACAGACAGGUGGACUAAAACAGCCAUGUAGCGAAACUGCCCGUUGCAAUGUUACUAUAUUUACUAGAAAUCUAAUUAUAUUCUUUGUUUCACUGUAUUCUGGAAAUGUAACAAAAUGAAUCAAUAAAAAAUAGCAUUUUGACUGCAUAUUCACAAUAAUAAUACAAUGUAAUAGAAGUA